CAAUACUGUCCCCCAUACCUGGUGUCGUACCGGCCUUCUCUGUUGGUAUCAACUCUCUUGAACAGCGUACCAGGAUUGCAGUUUCACCCCCGUAACUGUCAGGUAUGUAGACACUAGUUGAUAGAUUGGUGGCAGAGAUCUUCUGAAGCGGGCACCUAGUCCAUGAUUCUUCAAGCGGGAUGACAUUCAGGCCACCAAAUCUGUAGUCAAUUGCAGUGACCUUGCAUAGUCCAAGGAUUGGGUGAAGUAGGAUGGUAUCUGCUUCCAUUGAGCAUGCUAGCUCCAAGCCAGGUGCUCCACAGGAUGGGGGGCUGGUUGCUGGCAAAUUUGACAAAUCUGACCUAUAGACGAAAUCAAAUCACAGAAUGAACUGUCCGUCAAACUAUUUCACGCAGCUGACCCGUGGCGCCUAGCUCUCAGGCGCUGCACUAGUGCAACGCCCGGGAGCUAGGCGCUGCACUAGUGCAACGCCCGGGAGCUAGGCGCUGCACUGUAUAGUUUGGCGCCUAGCUCUCAGGCGCUGCACACUGUUUUAGUAAUUUUCGGGUAUGACGCUGGCCGUGUAGCGCCUAUCUGUGAGGCGUUGCACAGUGUAGUGUGGCGCCGUCGUGGCGGGCGCUACACAAAAGGGUCAGGCGUGUGAAAUAGUUUCACGGGCAGUUCAUUCCGUGAUUUGAUUUCGUCUAUAGGUCAGAUUUGUCAAAUUUGCCCUGGUUGCUGGGCGGAAUGGAAAUCGGAUCUCUAUUGUGCCUUCUUCGCUGCACCUGGAUGGUGCGCAGUUAUGGAAGAAAUCUCCAUCACCACUUGCUGUGGCUCUGUUGAUUCCAUAGUUAAGAACAGAGAACAACAGAGCUACAACCAAAGCUUCAAACAUUUGUGUGAAAAAUGAAGAUGAGGAGGAAAUGAGAUGAAGCUAUGCCUACAAAAACUGUGCUUCUUUUGUAAUGUUGAAAUCAUAAAGAAAAGAAAUAUCUUCCUGGAUGUUGCCUUUGACAAGUCAAAGCCUAUCUUCCUGUACACUAGUUUGACUAAGAAAACCAGCAAUCAGGUGGCACACCAGGCUUGACUAUUCUUCCUCUUGUGUCUCCAUCAAUCCAUAUGCACCAGAAAAUCCGUAUAUCAUCAUUCUGAGACCAUAUUAGCCUUCUUCUUAACUCUAGUACCAGCUUCUAUGCCUGAUCCUGCAUCUGUGAAGCUCUCAUGACGAACUCCGUUGCAUUUCCACGUUCUGUUAUACUCCAAGCAUUAGCAAUCUCCUCCACAGUUUCAGUUUUUCUAACAAAGACUGGAGCGGAAGAUACUCCGGGGCAAGCAGUUUGCCCCUCUUUCUCCUGUGGGCAUCUCCAAGACAUCCACCAUCCUUUUCGAUUGCGAGGUGAUCCACCUGGUUGUGGUUUUCAAGAAUACGAGCUUGUUUGUAGCGAUGACCAGGCUAUAAUUCAAGUCAAUACGGGAAGGUACUUCAUCACCAACAUCUCCUACCCCGACUCUGUUUUCUGGGUUGUUGAUGCCAGUUUGGAUAAUAGCAGCUGCCCUAUUCCUGAGAGGAAUCAACAUCCUUAUAUCCAUGGAUUGAGAUCAUAUUACAUGUUCCUGUUAUAUAUGCGUACGGUUAAAUGGGCUGCCUUUGUCAGUUGUUCGCGGAUGAUGAAAGAUAAUCUUAUUUAUAAGCCUAUCGCUUGCCGGAGUACGAACACUUCUUUUGUUUAUGUGUUGAGUACCAUGCAAUCUUAUCAGGUUCAGAAUGUUGAGCCUUCAUGUGGAUACUUGGCCAUGACUCCUUUGGGAAGCUGGCGUCCGGGGCCAAAUGAUUAUUAUGCAAGUUAUGAUUAUGAAGAUAUUGUAAAAUUUAUGAGGGAUGGGUUUGCUCUUAGAUUUCCUUUCCCAGCUCCAGAAUGGACCAAAAAACUGUUUAUGCAGCAGAUGUCUAGUUCAAGCAUCCAAAAUAAGAUUUCUGUGAUUUUUGCCAUCGACGUGCGUUUCUUGGGAUGUGUAAAAAACAACUCCUUGUCUAAAUACACUAAAUUGUAUUGGGCUGUGUUAGUCAUAGUAUCUGCUAUAAGUAUCAUGAAGCUCAUUAUCGUGUUGGCAGUACUAUCCAGGUUAGACUUUGCACCGUUGUCUGUAUUGAUCUUCCUUGCCUACAAGUACUGGCAAACAAAGAUAUCAGUUGACGCAGUUGAGAGGUUCCUCCAGAUGCAACUAGCCCUUGGCCCAACAAGGUACGCUUACACAGACAUCACUGCGAUCACUAGCCACUUCAAAGAGAAGUUGGGACAAGGAGGCUAUGGGUCUGUGUACAAAGGUGUGCUUCCUGGUGACGUCCAUGUUGCCAUCAAAAUGUUGGUCAGUUCCAUGUCCAAUGGAGAAGAAUUCAUCAGUGAGGUGUCCAGCAUCGGAAGCAUACACCAUGUCAAUGUAGUGCGUCUGGUGGGUUUCUGCUCAGAGGAAAUGAGGAGGGCUCUUGUUUAUGAGUACAUGCCCCAUGGAUCUCUUGAGAAGUACAUCUUCUCGCCAGAGAAGAGUUUCUCAUGGGACAAGCUCAAUCAGAUUGCUCUGGGCAUUGCCAGAGGGAUCGACUACCUGCACCGAGGGUGUGAUAUGCAGAUAUUACACUUCGACAUCAAGCCGCACAACAUCCUGUUAGACAGUGAUUUCACCCCAAAAAUUGCUGACUUUGGGCUGGCGAAACUGUACCCCAGGGACAACAGCUUUUUGCCAGUGAGUGCUGCCCGGGGAACAGUUGGUUACAUAGCUCCUGAGAUGGUGUCCCGUAGCUUUGGCGCCAUAUCCUCCAAGUCUGAUGUCUACAGCUUCGGGAUGUUGUUGCUAGAGAUGGCCGGAGGACGGAGGAACGUGGACCCACAAGCGUCAAGAAGCCAGACGUACUACCCGUCAUGGGUGUACAAUCAGCUGUCUCGGCAAGAGGCUGUUGGUAUCCAUCAGGUGGAGAGGAAGCUGUGCGUCGUUGCGCUUUGGUGCAUCCAGAUGAAGCCAGACGAUCGACCGGCCAUGAGCGAGGUGCUAGACAUGCUCGAAGCUGGCAUCGAUGGCCUGGAGAUGCCUCCUGAGCCCUUCUUCUGCGGGGACGAGUAUGCUCCUGCUGCAGAUUCUUCAGUAUUAUCAGAGUUAAGUACAUUAUCGGAGUGAAAUACCUAUACAUCGUAGUUUUGGACCAAAUUUUAUCCUCUAGGCAGCUCAGGUGCGCUCAGCGAGUCAAUAUUUGUGUGCAAUGUGAAGAAGAUACUCUUUUUCUUAAUACAAAGAGGAGACAUCGAAAAUGAUGAUGCAAAUUGUAAAUGUGAACCUAGAGAGAACUGCUUUCUGUAAAAUAAUCCCAUUGGUGCUGUUGUUACUGUUACUGUACAACAUUGAUCCCAUUCAGUUGAAUAUUUGAAUGGCAGUGCAUUGUGCGGUGCUGUAGUAUUUGUUUACCAAAGUGUAUUCUUUUAUGGGUGUAAUUGCACAAAAUUUGCAUGGAUUUGUGGGUUUCAUAUCCUGCGAACGGAUAUGAAACGUUUUGCUGCAGGAGCAAUCAUCAUUCCUGCAACACAUGUAAGUGCAAAACUUUCAUCAUUUCACAACAGAAGUUAACUGACACUCCAUGGAUUGUACACAGGUAGAAGGAGCUGUAUCAUCAAGAAGAAGAACCAAAGGAGAGGUGGAAAUUCUUCUUAUAACCCAAAUCUGCUGCAAUUUGGAGGUCACAAACCCAAAUCUCUUUUUGUUAUAUUAAGUUACACACCCACACAACCUGUAGCGUCGCCCAUAGACUUCUCUCUUCUCUCCUGCGACGCAAGGUUGAUUUUCCUCUCAAACAUUUACACAGAAGGAUUACAACAUGUAAUAAAACAUUUACGUAGUAUAUGAAAUAGAUUUUAUGUACCAUUCAAAAGAAUGUUACCGGCAUUUAAAA